AUCCACAUAACCUGCGGGAAAGAAGAAGAACCGUUUCCGGUGCGGCCCACGGUUUCGGCGGCAUUUUGAUAUUUUCUAAACUAAACAGUGAAUUUGUGUUACAUUGGUUUCUGGACUGGACACUAAAGACCCCCAGAGCCACCGGCGGAGCCGCUGUCAGGGGGAUUCUCAAGAUGUCGUGCGAACUCCCGCAGCCUCCCACAGGAACCGAGCAGCUUUGUGUUUUCCUGCUCGGAGCUGAAGGAGAGGAGCCGCCGAGGAAGAGGGAGGUGGGCUGCCAGUGGGAGAGCCCGGAGGAGGCAAGGAGGGAGGUGGGCUGUCAGAGCGAGGCGGCGGAGAGGAGAGACGCUGCCGUCCAGGUGGACUUCAGCUGGACACCCACAGGUUCAUCUCAGAUGCUGCUGCACUGUUUGUCUGUCAGACCAGACGAACAAAACGGGGGUGCCCUGCUGCAGCACUGCACUACCAAUCGGACCAGAACCAGAACCAUCAAACCUGCUAUUAGACUCUCCCCCAACCCCUCAGAGUCCAGGUCCAGGACACAAAGGAAAAUGCCUCGGAACACCACCAAACGCAAUCCACCGAAGCGUGGCCGGGGCCGCAGGGUCUUACCUGGUCCUGGUCGGCAGCAGCAGCAGCAGCAGCAGCAGCAGGAGGAGGAGCAGCAGCAGCAGCAGCAGCAGCAGCAGCAGCAGCAAGAGGAGGAGGAGGAGGAGGAGGAGGAGGAGGUGGAGCUGCGGCGGCAGGUGGAGGACACAGAUGACCCUGCCUGGACUCCACCUCGAAAAGAUGUCAAUUUUCCUUUGACUCUGGAGGAUGUACAGCAGCAGCCAGAGUCCCCGGAUGCACCUCUCAGUGUGGUGAAGUUGGAGCUCGACAGCACCGUGUGUGAUGUUUGUGGCAAAGUCAUGAAGAAUAAGUCGAGUCUGGCACGACACUCUUUCAUCCACACAGGGAAGAAGCCGUUCGCCUGCCACCUGUGUGACCUGCGCUUCAACCGUCGUGACAACCUGCAGCACCACCUUAACCGGCUGCACCCCAAUGGCGUCGCAAAGCUGGAGAAGCAGCGCGAGGUCCCAACCUGGUUGUGCGCAGUCUGUGGUAAAACCUUCAACUGCAGGUCCAGACUCAAGACACACGAGGUCAUUCACUCGGGCAUUAAACCGCACCGCUGCAACCUCUGUCCCAAAGCCUACAUGAGAACCAACGACCUGGAGCACCACAAGAAGAUUGCCCACGUGGCGGGCGCAGUGGAGCCUCAGCGGCCAAGUUCGCUCCUCUGCGACUUCUGUGGCAAAGAGUUUAAGUGCAAGUCGCAGCUCGCCAUCCACUACCAGACUCACACCGGCGAACGUCCGCACCUGUGCGAUAUCUGCGGACGCAAAUUCGGUCGACAGUACCAGCUCAAACGCCACAAGAUCCUGGUCCAUAUCAAUCGAGUGAAUGGUGAGAACCCGCCACUUGACGCACCCUUCACCUGCAACAUCUGUGGGAAGCGACUGAAGUCGGAGGCGCUGCUCUCUGCUCACUGCCGCAUCCACAGCGGUGACAAACCGCACCGCUGUGGCAUCUGUCUGCGUAGCUUCCAGCGAGCCACCUGCCUCAAGCAGCACCACGUCCGCGUUCACCUGAAGGUCAGAGUCAGCGAUGGCGUGCACGCAGCCGGACGCAGAAGGAGUACGACAGCGAGGGUGUUCCCAUGUUCCAUCUGCAGCAAAGUCUUUAAGUUUAAGUCUCUGCUGGCGAGCCACUCAAUGAUCCACAGUGAGAUCCGACCGUACGCUUGCGACUUCUGCACCCGCAGCUUCAGGCGCCUCAGUCACCUGAAGAGGCACCGUGAGGUUGUUCAUGCCAAUGGAGAGCGCCUGCCGCAGAGCUUUGUCUGCCACAUCUGUGGCAAAGACAAGAAGUGCCGCUCGCAGCUUGCAAGGCACGUCAUCAUCCACACCGGCGAGCGCCCGUACGCCUGUGACCUCUGCACCGCCCGCUUUAACCGCCACGGGAACCUGCAGCAGCACAAGAAGCGCAUGCAUGGAGUAGGAAGGACCCCGGCCCAGGAGCCCCCGCCCAUCCUGUUUGACGAUGACAUUACUCUGACGUACAAACAGGAAGCGACAGUGAUGGCUGUAGACGUUGCAGCAGAGCACUUUGAGACUGUGAUGAGCGAUGACACAGAUGCUCACCAGCAGCUUGACGUCACGUAACACAUCUGGACCGAGCGUGCUCACACCGUCCUGAAUCAAACUGGACACACAGAUGGGAACGUACGGACUGAAGACGUGACAUUAAAGCAGACACAAUCAUAAGAGACGCUUCGGUGAUCUGAAUUACACAUGUGCUUGAAUCAGUAAAAUAAACCAGGGUUACCUCUGCUGUUCAUGUCACAUGUUGGAAACAAAAGAAGGCAGCUAACAGACCAACUCUGUAGUGAAGGAAGUUUAUUCAUGACACGACGAAAGUGUGUGUGGAGGUUUGUCUGCUAGACAGAAACCAAGAACUACUUCACAAACUUUACCAUGAAACAGUUUUGAUGAGGAAACAUUAAUUGAUUGAGGGAUUUUACCAGUUGAAAAUGAAACUUUACACAUCAAAGAGCUUUAAUCUUCCUGCUCCAGUGAUCUGGGCUCAAGCUCAUGUUUCACAAAACUGGAGCUUUGAACUGGAAUCUCUUAAUGUCGCUACAUUUAUUAAACAAUUACACAACAAAA